AUGCAUUCCGCCGUCUUGCUCCCCCUCCUUGCGGGGUUGGCUGCUGCCAAACCAAUCGCAGCCACCACCGAGGCCGCCUCCAACCCGACCCCGGAUGCUCUGCCUGUCGAUUUCCUUGCCAAUGUCGCCAUCCCGACCUACUCAACCAUCGAUGGCGUUUCUUCUCAGGACGUGCCUUACGCCACUCCUACCGCCCUGGCCGCUGCCUCGGCCGAUCAGGCCGAGACUCCCUUCAGCGUCUUCCCGGCCGCUACCAGUGUCGCCAUCAACGCCGCUGGUGAAGAUGGAGACGCCGCUUCUGCGUCUCCCACUGCCACCGCAGCCAAGCGUCGUCACUUGGCCGACAUCCAGAGGCGUUCCGCCUGCGACACCCAGGCCACCAUUGAGAGCCAGUACACCAUCGACGUGAGCAGCGCCAGCGCCUUCCGCGCCGACACUGUCAUGGCCGGUGUGGCCAAGGCUGCCGUGGUCCCCUCCGGUUACCAGAGCAACUUUGUGAACCUGGCUGGAGCGAGCAGCGCCUACGCUUAUCUGGGCUAUACCGUCGUCGACACCGGCUACGAUGUCCAGGCCUGCGCUGACCAGUGCGACGCCAAGGAGGGCUGUCUGUCUUUCAACAUUUACUUCGAGAGAGACCCGACGAUUGAGCCGGGCAAUGGCUGCACCAACCCUACUGCCUUCGCCAACGUCAAGUGCUCGUUCUGGGGCAGUGCUCUGGACGACCGCACUGCCACCAACACUGGCCAGUGGCGUGCCGAUUUCGAGGUCGCCAUUGCUGGCUCCAACGGAUACACGUCCAACAGAGUCGGUAAGACGAUUGACGGCUGGUCGGCCCCCCUCAACCUUGGCAAUGCCGCUAUGAACGCUCCCCUUUGGGAUGCUGCCGACACCUGGACCUACAUGGGCUACAAGCUCUUCCAGGAUGGUCCCUUCGACGUCAGCCUUUGCUCGGCUGCUUGCGAGGCCCAGACUGCGUACAAUGUCGCCCACCCCCCUUCUUCGGGCUACACCCCUCUGUGCGCCGGCUUUGGAACCUACCAGCUCACUGUGACUGACCGCAACACCGGCAUGUCCAACGUCGUCGGCCAGAUGUGCACCAUGUACACGUCCGCCUGGGGCGCCGAGUACGCCACUAACACGGUUGCGUGGAACGAUGCCAUCAUGACCAAGUACACGUACAGCCUCAGCUUCUUCUACUCCAACCCCGAGCUUCAGCCCGUCACUGGCGCCAACCUUGAUGCUCUCAGCGGCGAAGGCGCCUUCUGCACUUCGUACAACAGCUAUGUUGCGCCGGAGACCACCACGACCUCCACCAUCACCCCCGUGAGGACCAUCACUUCGAUCGCCUCCUUCACCGCGACGGUCACUUCCACCAGCACUGUGUCCGUCGCUACCGGCGGUAUCGACAGGAGAGACGAUAGCGACAACUCCACCGACACCGGCAUCGUCGUCGAGUAUAUCACCGCUUCCGCCGACCUGAUCCCCGCUCUGCCCAUGAACAUCCUCACCGCAGCCAACGCCUCCACCACUGCCGUCGCCACCACUCUCGCCAAGCGUGUCGCGGCCGGCGCCACCCCUGCCGCAGUCAGUGGCUGGUCCCCCCUUAAGAUCUCGGCCGCCUGCUCGCGCGUCGCCACCGGCACCAUCACCCGCACGACCAGCACCACCCUUCCGACCUCGACCGCCGUGUCUUCCACCUCGACCACCACGACCCAGACGGUCAGGACGACGACGACCGUCUACGUCGCCGCCCCGACCGAGUACCUCAUCGCGUCCGACAGCACCUACCAGCAAGCGCGCCUGACGCUGCCCUUCGCCGUGUCGGGUAUGAACGGGGGGAUGUCGAACCGCGAGGUCUCGCUCGACAAGGGCGGCUGGAUGUGCUUCGAGAACCCCUACGACAGCAACGGCAACUGGGACUACCUGCGUCUGUACUGGCAGGGGUUCUCGGCCGUCGACAUUGUCAUCAACAGCGCCAAGGGGCACUACAUCAAGGCGACGAUCGGAAACGCGCAGAACGUCGGGCAGCGCAGCAUCACGUUCCGCUGGAGGGUUGGCACGACGCAGAACGCGGAUGCCAUUUACGACUUUACCAUCACCGUGUACGAGAACACCCCUGGCACCAUCGAGAUCCGCUACAACGAGAUGUGGGCAAAUGGAUUGAACGGUUAUGUGCCGUAUAUCUCGAACUACAUCGCCAGCGUCGGUCAGAUCGUCAACGACUACAACUCGCAGGGUAGAGGCAGGUUUUUGACGUACAGCCCGUCCAGCCUGUCUCGCGGUAUGAUGGUUACCUCCAGCUUCUCGCAGAACAGGGCUUGGUUGGGAAGCUUCAACCCUUAA